UCACGACGCCAGGAAACGCGAGGAGCGUUGAGACACUGGAAAGUGUUAUUUUCUCAAUAAUUCCCGUGAUUUUUUUGUGUUUAAAAUGGGUAAAGCAGAUUUUCUGAGUCCUAAAGCGAUUGGGAACAGAAUCAAAGCCAAAGGCCUCCAGAAACUGCGCUGGUAUUGUCAGAUGUGCCAGAAACAGUGUCGAGAUGAAAACGGGUUUAAAUGUCACUGCAUGUCUGAGUCUCAUCAGAGACAGCUUCUGUUGGCUUCAGAGAACCCGAACCAGUUCAUGAACUACUUCUCAGAGGAGUUCAAAGGUGAAUUCUUAGAGCUGCUCCGAAGACGUUUUGGGACCAAGCGAGUUCACAAUAACAUUGUGUAUAAUGAGUACAUCAGUCAUCGGGAACACAUUCACAUGAACUCUACGCAGUGGGAGACUCUCACCGACUUCACCAAAUGGCUCGGGAGAGAAGGUUUUUGCAAAGUGGAUGAGACCCCCAAAGGCUGGUACAUCCAGUGGAUCGAUCGUGAUCCGGAGACAAUCCGCCGACAGGAGGAGCUGGAGAGGAAGAAGAAACAGGAUAUGGACGACGAAGAACGCAGCGCCAAGUUCAUCGAAGACCAAGUUCGCCGUGGUCGCGAGGGCAAGGAGCCGGAGGAGGAACCUGUGUUCACCGAACUGAAGCGAAAGAAUGAAGAUGAGAAAAUAGCUUUCAACAUGGACGUUGCUUUAGCGGGACCCUCCAAACCAAGCAACUCUUUGGGUCCUAGUGCCCUCAAAGCUGCAGCCUCAGUGAAAAGGAAAGAGCCUGCCCACGGCGGAGACUCCAAGGACAAGAAAAAGAAAUCUGCUCUGGAUGAGAUAAUAGAGAUGGAGGAACAGAAGAAGAAAUCUGUAAGAUCCGAUCACUGGAUUCAAGCUAACAUUGUAGUGAAAGUCAUAACGAAGAGACUAGGAGAGAAGUAUUACAAGAAGAAAGCAGUCAUUCGGGAGGUGCAGAAUAAAUACACAGCUAUGGUGAGGAUGAUCGACUCUGGAGACAAACUCAAACUGGACCAGAGUCAUAUGGAGACAGUCAUUCCAGCUCCUGGUAAGCGAGUUUUGAUCCUGAAUGGUCAAUAUAAAGACACUGAAGCCAUCCUGGAAAGCAUAAAUGAGCACAAAUUCUCUGCCACACUCAUGUUAGACUCGGGUCGGAUGAAAGGAAAGACAGUGGAGGGAAUUGCAUACGAGGACUUCUCCAAACUGGCCUGAUGUUCAUCUUCUCUCCAGGGCGACUCUACUGUGUCAGAGUGCAUAAUAAAGACUCUUAAAUUACC